AUGCUAGACAUAUACCGGAAAGUAAGUGAGCAUGCCGGAACGAUCGAGGACGGGGAGCUCGAAGCAACCGUCGCCGACGGGCUCCUCUCCCACAAAAGGGCAAGCUUGCUACCAACAGUCAACAGCCGCGGGUUGUCCUUUAUGACGCUGUUUCUCUUGAUAUCGUUGGCGGCCAAUGGCUCCGCAACUCCAACGCUCUACAUACAGCGGGAACAUCCUUACAUCUCCGAACUACAAGCGGGACUCGCUUACGAUGUGCCAACCCGAUACUCCCUCUCCACCGACUACACCAGCAACAACCAGACGCUUGCGGAUCACAUGUGGGAUAGCCUAAGUCUGGAUUCGAUGGUUAUCGCUCCUACAAUUGAAUGGGCUGAGGAGGUGGGCCUCCCUGACUCCUGGGAUUUUCCAUGCGACUCAAGCCGGAAGAUCUACUUUGUCAAAGUCUAUCAUCAACUACACUGUCUGAAAAACAUCCGCCGAGCUUUCAAACAGCUUCUCUCCCCGGAAACAGACCCCAUCUCCUUCGGCCACGUCGAGCAUUGUCUCGACACCUUGCGACAGGACCUCAUGUGUCGCGCCGACGACACACCGAUGCCGUCGCUGAAGCUGGUCAAUGGGGCCGGAGAGGGCCAGAUCCGACAAUGUAAGAACUUCGAGGCGCUGGUGGCGUGGACGAAGCACCCGGACCGCGAUGCGUGCUACCGGCGGCUGAGCGACUACCGGCCUCCGUCGCGCAGUAUCGAUCGGUAUGCGUUUUGUGCCCCGGGCAGUGAGCAUUUCGCGGCAAUGACGAGGUACUUUGAGUAUUAUGGGUGGCCACAGGUAGUUGAGGAUUGA